GCCCAUCAACGCGCACACCUCAUAAUCACCAUGGGUUUCCGUUCGCUGCUGAAGAGGGCUCUGACCGAGAAUGACAACGACAAGUUCUACAAAGUCGAAAUUGGCCAGGUCUUUUUGGAUCGGUACAGAGUAGAAACUCAUCUAGGUGCUGGCAGAUAUGCUUCUGUUUGGCUGGUCAUCGACAGCACCGACUUCUACAACGGCACACACCAGAUAUUCGAGUUGGAGGUGAUGACCAAGGUCACCGCUGUCUCCAAUCAAUCCACGCAUCCUGGCCGACAUCAUGUUACAUAUCUGAAGAACCACUUUGAAAUCGAGGGACCCACUGGCAAGCACGUUUGCAUGGUCAUGCCCCUUUUGGGCGACAGCAUCGCGGAGAAAGCUACGACCGGACAUAUCAUGCGCAUACCUCCCCCAACGGUCAGAAACAUUGCGAAGCAAACACUCGAAGCACUAGACUUCCUGCACAGCGAGUGCGGCGUCAUUCAUACCGACCUGCAACCAUCUAACAUCCUCAAGGACGACCAAGGCCAGUCUCCGCAAGAAAUCGAUGACCUCGUGCGCACACAUUCUUCAGGCCCUGGGUUCAACGAUCCGAACAUGCAGUUCCGUCUCAACGACUUGGGUAUUGCUUGUUUCAUAGAACAACACCUUACAGACGAUAUACAGUCCGAAUACCUUCGUGCGCCGGAGGUCACGCUUGAAGCACCAUGGGACCCCAGUGUCGAUAUAUUCAGUCUCGGCUGCCUGCUCUACCAGUUCAUGACUGGAGACUUGCCUUUUGUUGGACGACCGGGUCCAGGCGUGACCGCAGAACAGGAUCGCAUAGCCCUUUUGGUCUCUACUUUCGGACCUAUCCCAAACGUUGUCCUGGACAAUGCCGCACUGGGAAAAGAGUUUGAGCAGCAAUGCAUCAAUGGGCAUGGAUUUCCCGUUUCUUUGGAGACUUUGGUGGGCCAGAGUUUUGCGGGUGACGCGCAGGGUAUAUUGCCGAUUGAUGAGUUGGAGCUGUUCUGUGACUUUUUGAGGAAAAUGCUCGCUUCGGAUCCAAGGGAGAGGCAGAGGGCGAGUGCGUUGGUGAAACAUCCAUGGCUUUCUUACAUUCCUGAGGGAGGAGAACAAUAA